ACCAAACAUAAUAGACAAUUAUAUACAGCAAUCAAAAAAUGUCAGAGAAAAAGAGAAAAAAGUAUCUAUAUGAUGAAAAUGCACCAGUAACAAAAUAUGCUAUCACUAAAGCUAAAAAAUCCAUUGAAGAGGAAAAAAUAGAUGAUCUACAUAAAAUUAACUGUAGUUCAAUCCCUAUUGAGCCAGAGUUGCCUGCAAUUCGACAAUUAGUUGAAACGAUUAAAAUUGACGACAAUAAUCCAAUAGUAGGAGACACGCAAAAUGCUAAAUCAUCUGAUGUAUAUGACUACAAAUUAUUUGAUUCUGUAAGUGAAUUAUCCUACAUUUUAUUAAGUUUGAUACAUUUAUAAUCUGUGUAUAUGUUUCAAAAAUAUAAUGAAUCAUAAAUCUAUAUAAAGUAUAUUGUUCUGAUAU